AUGGACAACUGCCCGCGGCCGCGCUUUUCUGAGCCCCCAGCGCGCCUCAGGUCCCGAAACCAGCACCCGCGCGGCGGCGAGUCCGGAUUCACGGGUCCACGGGAGCUUAAAAGCCAGCGAGCGGCGAUCGGAGACGGCGCCGGCCGGGGUCGCCGGGCUCUCUCGGUGUUCGCGGCCAGCCAGCACCCCCGACGGUUGUUGCAAGGUCGUCUAGUUGGAAAGCUUCCAGCCCCAUCGCGGUUCUGGGGGGUCCAGGCUGCUGGGCUCGCAGACCCCCCGAGCCUGCCCCUCGCGCAGAACGCCCCCCCCCCCCCCGAUCCCGCUGCCUUAGGACACCUAAAAAAUCGACCCAAACAACACCUGUUCUACAAGAGCAGAGUCCCCAACAGGCACAAGGCGGAGGAGGGAGCCGUUUCCGAGAAGCCGCCCCUGGACUCUCCAACGCCGCGAGAGGCCUCUCUCUAG